AGUGGGGGACGUUUUCAAAGCCAGCUUCAAAACUGUCUUGUUCCUCAUCACCUCCUCUGGAAUUGAGGGAUGUCCACGGCGGCCUUAAUCAGUCUGGUUCGGAGUAGAGGCCACCAGCUGCAGAGAGCGCUGCUUACAUCUUGCACAAUUCUCAGCCCCAAGUGCCAAAUUUCCACCAACGGGUGCAGGGCUUCGCGUUUCGAUCUGGAUGGGAGCGGCUGCCCUGCCACCUGGGAUUCCUUUGGGAUUUGGGACAACCGCCUGGACGAACCCAUCUUACUCCCGCCCAGCAUCAAGUAUGGGAAGCUGAUUCCGAAGGUCAGCCUGUCGAACGUGGGCUGUGCCACCCACAUUGGGAAACGGAAGGAAAACGAGGACCGUUUUGAUUACGCCCAGCUGACUGAGGAUGUCCUGUAUUUUGCCAUUUUUGAUGGGCACGGUGGGGUGGCAGCAGCUGAUUUCUGCAACAAGUACAUGCGGGAAUAUAUUCGAGAAUUUCUUUCUGAGGAACACAACAUGGAAUUAGUAUUGAUUAAAGCUUUUCUAGAAAUAGACAAAGCAUACAUGAGACACGCCCACUUAUCUGCGGAUGCUACCUUGUUAAAUACUGGGAGCACAGCAACGGUGGCUUUGCUGCGAGAUGGCAUUGAGCUGGUGGUGGCCAGUGUGGGUGAUAGCCGUGCGCUGUUAUGCCGCAAAGGAAAAGUUGAGAAGCUGACCAUUGAUCAUACUCCAGAGCGGAAGGACGAGAAGGAAAGAAUCAGGAAAUGUGGUGGUUUCAUCUCCUGGAACAGUCUGGGGCAGCCCCACGUGAAUGGCAGACUUGCAAUGACCCGUAGUAUUGGAGAUUUGGAUCUUAAGAAGUGUGGUGUGAUCGCAGAACCUGAAACAAAACGGGUGCAGUUACACCACACAAGUGACAGCUUCUUGGUCCUGACCACAGAUGGCAUCAACUUUAUUGUAAACAGUCAAGAGAUCUGUGACUUUGUUAACCAGUGCCAUGAUCCAACCGAAGCAGCUCACAUCAUUACGGAGCAGGCCAUGCAGUAUGGGACAGAAGAUAACGGGACCGCUAUUGUAGUGCCAUUUGGAGCCUGGGGCAAAUACAAAAACUCUGAGGUCAACUUUUCCUUCAGCCGAAGCUUUGGUUCAAGUGGAAGAUGGGCAUGAGCA